AUGACCGUCAAAACUAGGACAAGUUUUGGCCAGAAAUUGGCCAAAAAUAGUCCCACGGACCUGGAUUUAGAUGUGGACCCCAAGGAAUGCUCUGAAAUUUUGGAAGAAAGUAAAAAAAUUCCCUACAAAAUGGAAAUUGUGUGGAGAAAUGUUGCACUGUUUGUGGCUCUUCAUUUUGCAGCACUCAUCGGGCUAUAUGAGCUCAUCUUUAAUGCGAAAUGGCCUACUGUGGGAUUUGUAUUCCUUCUCUACGUAUUUGGCGGUUUUGGAAUCACCGCCGGUGCUCAUCGUCUGUGGUCUCACAAGUCCUACAAAGCUACAGUACUCAUGAGAAUCUUCUUGAUGAUUUGUAACAACAUUGCUCUUCAAAAUGACGUCAUCGAGUGGGCCCGAGAUCAUAGGUGCCAUCAUAAAUGGACGGAUACGGAUGCGGACCCACAUAAUACCAGAAGAGGGAUCUUUUUCGCCCAUAUGGGGUGGUUAUUGGUUCGAAAACAUCCACAGGUCAAAAUAAUGGGAGUGAAAUUGGAUAUGAGCGAUUUGGAAGAGGAUCCCGUGUUGGAUUUCCAGAGAAGAAACUACAUUCCUCUUGUCCUCCUCUUCUGUUUCAUUCUACCUACAGUAAUCCCUGUAUUCUUUUGGAAUGAGACCGUUUUCAUCGCUUUUUACACUGCCGCCACCUUCCGUUACUGUUUCACCCUCCAUGCGACAUGGUGCAUCAACAGUGCUGCUCAUUACAUCGGCUGGAAACCGUACGCCCAUUCCAUAUCGUCCGUGGAGAACGUUUUGACCACAAUUGUGGCCGUUGGAGAGGGCGGACACAAUUUUCAUCACACAUUUCCCCAGGAUUAUCGUGCUUCAGAAUACUCAAUUAAGUAUAAUUGGACACGUGGACUAAUUGAUUUGGCCGCGGCGGUCGGCGCGGUCUACGACCGCAAAAUCGUGGAUGAUUUGGUUAUUAGAAGACAGGUGGAGAAGAAUGGAAGUGAGAUGCAGUGGGAGAAUUCGAGAAUGUGA